AUGAGUGGCCUGGGGGGGCUCGGCCUGGAUGGGACCACACGGCCCGCCUCGGUGAGGACCAACUCCGUCGUUGGAGCGGGCGGCGGACCCCCAGGCCUGAAUCCCGGGUCGUCUCAGCAGCAGACAACACCAACGCCACCACCUACAGGGCCAAACCCCAAGCCCAUCCGUAGGCGCAUGCGCAUGAUCACCUCCUGUCUCGAGUGCCGCCGCCGGAAGCUCAAGUGCAACAAGUCCCAGACCUGCACCAACUGCCUAAAGUUCUCCCGGGACUGCGUCUACCUGGGAUCCAAGCUUGACGAGGCCAGCCAACUCAGGCUGACCGAGAUCAAGGAGAAGGUCGGCUCCCUGGAGCGGCAACUCGAGCGAGAUGUCGCAAAGUCGACAUCGCGCGCUGCCUACCAGCAGAGGAUCAUCGCCGACGACGUCGAGGGGGACGUUGACGAGGAGCGCGACCUCGAGAUCACGCCAAUGGUGGCCCUGGACCUUACGUACGAUACGUACGGGGACGAUCUGGAGGCUGCAGACGACAUCAUCGACCUUGGGAUCCAGGUUGGAAAGAUGCGCAUUACCGAACGAAUAGGAGGCCUUAACCGGCCACGGAUCUCUGAAGAGAUCCAAGCAGGCCUAUCGGGCGCGACACCGCCGCCCUCCAUGGGCUACGGCGGUCGUCCUGAGGAGACCAUGUCCGAAGCCGCUGGCUCAGAAAGAUCCGUGCCUGACUUUUUGAAACCGACUGAUUCGUAUAUCCCACCCACGAGUGGUUUCUUCUUCGGCCAGGUCAUCGAGACGCCAUCUAUACUGGCCUUCAUCCCCAACAGAGACGCCGGGCACUAUCUCCUGCAGCGGUACUUUGAUGCUGUCCACCCUAUUGCGAGAUGCGUCCAUCGUCCCUCGUUCGAGAGACAAUACGCCCAGUUCUGGGAUGAUUUUGACCAGGGCGUCGAGCCACGCCCAUCGAUCCAGGCUGUCGUGUUUGCCGCCUGGUUUAGCGCCACGGUUAGCAUGGACGAGGAUCGAAUCGGACGGGAGUUUGGCGUCAACAAGGUUAACAUGGUUGAAAGGAUGAAAGUUGGGACGGAGACGGCGCUCAGCAAGGCAAACUUCCUUCGUACGACAAACAUAGAGACGAUGCAGGCUUUCAUCAUGUAUAUGAUUCCCCUCUGUAGGGCCGAGGUCUCUCGCUCCCACUCGGUCCUCGUGGGUGCUGCCGUGCGCAUGUCCGAGUGCAUGGGGUUGCACCGUGACGGGGAGGCAUACGGCCUCACCCCUCUCGAAACCCACGUCCGUCGUCUGUUGUGGCAUCAGCUCUGCUUCCUGGAUAUUCGGACCUGCGAGGCACAAGGGCCGCGGCCUGCCAUCAGGCGAGAGGACUAUGAUACCAAGCUGCCCAUCAACUGUGAAGAGGACGAACUUGCGCCGUACGUAACCGUGCCGCCGGAGCCGGCCGAGCAUUGGACGUCGACCCUUCUUCCCCUCAUGAGAUUUGAGAUCAACGAGAUGAUGCGGAUCAUCUGGACCGACCGGAGGAAGUUGGAAACGCGGAAGACGACGCUGACGGCCGUGCUGACCAAGAUCGAGAACUUCCGCAAGCGCAUGUUUGAGAAGUAUGAUCGCUUCCUGAAUGACCACAUCCCCAUCCAGCGGUAUGCGAAAGGAGUCAUGCAUCUACUUAUUUAUCGGUUGCACGCCAUGGUUCUGCACCCAUAUCACUCGAAUACUACGAACCCCAUGCCCCAGAAUCUCAUCAGCGUGCUGGUCAUGAGUGGCAUCAUGAUCAUAGAGUCCGCCAUCCAGCUGGAGACGAAUCCCCUCUUCCAGGACUGGGCCUGGUACAUUGGAGCGUACCAACAGUUCCAGAUCGCUCUCCUCCUCGCCACGGAGAUAUAUUACCGACCCAAUAACAAGGAGGCCGAUCGCAUCUGGAGAUGCCUCGACUACGUGUUCCACCUAGAUCCCAACAUGCCGCGUGAGCAGAAGGGGAGGACGAUCCUGACGGAGAUCAUGGGAAAGACGGGCGUCUACCAGAGCAUGCGCAAGAUGCGUGGUCCAACUACGAUCACCCGGGCCGUCCCCGGCAAGCAAGCGAUCAAAUCAGACGGGCCUCAGCCUCCAAACAUGCCGGGGCCCCCGAUGUCUCAAAUGAACGCUCAACAACAGCAGAUGUCGAUCCCCGGUCUGAAGACCGAGCCUGGAAUGCCUUCGACGGCGGGGAUGCCGAUGAUGCAAGGCGGCCCACCCAUGCAACCCCAGAUGAUGUCGUCUCCGCCCGGUCCCCCGCCAAACGUCGUCUUCGCUGGCGUCUCCAACGGCGAGGCGCUCUGGGGUUUGCCGCCGCGCAACCUUGACGGCUCCGAGAACAGCAGCGAUGGUGGCAGCGUCGUCGGCCAUCCUCAGCAGCAUGGCAACCUUGGUAUGGCGGGGUCUUCGAACCCCAUGGAGAACAUCGACUGGGAUACAAUCAAUACGUUGUUCCCUCCCGAUCCGCAGACCGGCGAGAUCAAUUUCACUACUUUCGCAGACCCCAGCAUGGGGAUGAAAUGGCACGGUUAG